CAACACAAACACCAGUUGCAUAUCGACUUGAUUCUGUCUAGCGACCACAUCUUUUUCUCCUACCGCUCUAUCACAUUCUCUGUCCUCUACAGGACACCAACAACACCGCAAUCAUGUCGACCGAAAUCGACCUCUACGAGAUAUUAGAAAUCAGCCGCGAUGCUACAAAAACCGAAGUGAAAAAGGCCUACCACAAGGCCGCUCGCGUCCACCACCCAGACAAGGUCCCCGAAGCCGACCGCGCUGCCGCAGACGACCGUUUCAAGGAUAUCCAACAAGCCUACGAGAUCCUCAGUGAUGACCAGACCAGAGAAAUGUACGACAUGCACGGCAUGGCCGCCUUUGAAAAGGGUGGUGCAGGAGGAGGUGCUGGACCAGACUUGGACGAUAUCUUGGCGCAAAUGUUUGGACAGGGUAUGGGUGGCAUGGGAGGAAUGGGAGGUGGUUUCGAGGGUAUGGGUGGCAUGCCGGGAAUGGGUGGAAUGGGAGGCAGAGGGCCCAGAAAGAGCAAGAACGAGAUGCAGGAAUAUGAGGUUUCGCUCGAGGAACUGUACAAGGGCAAAACCACACGCUUCGCUUCGACGAAAAACGUCAUCUGCCAGAACUGCAGUGGCAGUGGUGGUAAAGCAAAUGCUAAGCCGAAGAAGUGUGGAACUUGCGAUGGAAGAGGUUCAAAGAUCGCCCUUCGCCCCGUCGGCCCCGGCCUCGUCACCCAAGAAACCGUCGCCUGCUCCACCUGCUCAGGCCGCGGCUCCUACUUCCCCGACGACAAGAAAUGCAAAAAAUGCAAAGGUGUUCGCACAAUCUCCCAACGCAAAAUCCUCGAACUCUACAUCCCUCCCGGCAGUCGUCAAGGCGAUAAGAUCGUUUUGGCAGGUGAAGCAGACCAAGUUCCCGAUCAAGAGCCUGGAGACAUUAUAUUCGAACUGGUCGAGACACCGCAUGACGUUUUCCACCGUGCGGGUAGUGAUUUGCAGGCCGAGUUGAAGGUUACACUUGCAGAGGCCUUGACGGGAUUCAACAGAGUCGUUCUGAAGCACCUCGACGGCCGAGGAAUUUCACUACAUGUCAAGCAGCCUGCAGGUCGCAUCUUGCGUCCUGGUGAGAUCCUCAAGAUCUCGGGCGAGGGUAUGCCCAUCAAUCGUUCGGAUGCCAAGGGCGACCUUUACCUGAUCGUCGAUGUGGUGUUCCCUGAGGACGGCUGGUUGAGAGACGAGGCUACCAUCAACAAGAUCAGAGAUGUGUUGCCGAAGAGCAAGGAGGAGGAAAUCACAGCCGAGGAAGUCGAUGAGGUGGAUUGGGAGGUCGUCAGUGAUAUGGAGGACUUUGGUGCCGGCUCAGGAGACCCGAGAGCGGCUGAGUGGGAAGACGACAGUGAGGAGGAAGGUGAGGGAGCUCAGUGCCAGCAGCAAUAAGCUCGUGGAAGAGAGGAGGCAAUGCCGCGAAGACGAAGACGCAAAAGUUACGAAGGAGGAUAGACACAUUGACGAUCAUAUCAAGGAACGGCCUUCGCUGACGGAGAAUUGGACAAUUGGCGUACAUGAGAGAGGGAAGCUCAAAAUCUGCUCCUUGCUAUUAGACACUUGUAUAUUGGAACGCUCUACUCCAUCAUUGCUCAUCUUCUGACAAGUUUCACGGUCAAUAUAUCGUCGGAAGGAUUGAGUACUUCUCACCAUGAUGACACUCAUCCUAACAGGAGCCUAGCUGCAAUCAUGUAAUCAAGGUGUUUUCUUCGACGCACCUUCCUCUCGAGCAUUGCCGGCUAGCUGUUGCCAAUUCAUGGUCACGAUACCAUCUUCAACCCCCUCAAU